AUGCCCCAUUACACAGGGGGGUCAAGCAAGGGAUUGCAGUUACUGGAGCGUAUCAUGCUCAGUUCCGUUGGGAAUCGGAGACAAUACAUUUCCACGUCUACACAUGCUAGACUCAAAGAGAUGGAUCUGCUAUUCACAGUACUAAUUUUCAUUCGUUCCAUUGGCAAUGGCAAUGGCAAUGGACAACUGCUUUUGCACAUGCUCCACUACGGCCUCUUCCAGGGACCACACCUCUCGCUCAAACGCAACAACCGCACGAACGGAGGGCGAAAGGGAACCUUAGAUACCAACGGAUGUCAGGGGGAUAGCCAAAAAGCGAAUGCGUUGUUUGGUAGCUCAACUUUCAAGAAUGGAACAUAUGAAAGCGUCCACUGGUAUUGGAGAAGAACGAGCACUUGUUUGCAAUCUACGGAGAUCAGUAUGGCUGCAUCCAACCGCGCGUGA